AUGAGUCACCUGGUCGUAAAAGGAGAUCAGGUACAGCAAGUACAGACUGUGCAACAGGUACAACAUGUCUACCCAGCCCAGGUUCAGUAUGUGGAAGGAAGUGACACAGUCUACACAAAUGGAACUAUUCGAUCAACUUAUCCUUACACGGAAACCCAGAUGUAUAGCCAAAACACUGGGGGAAAUUACUUCGAUACUCAAGGAAGUUCUGCACAGGCAACUACAGUGGUCUCCUCUCAUAGUAUGGUGGGCACCGGAGGGAUUCAGAUGGGUGUUGCAGGAGGACAGCUCAUUAGCAGCUCAGGAGGGACCUAUCUGAUUGGCAAUUCAAUGGAAAAUUCUGGUCAUUCAGUGACUCAUACAACACGAACCUCCCCAGCUACACUCCAAUGGCUUUUAGACAACUAUGAAACUGCAGAAGGAGUGAGUCUCCCCAGAAGUACCCUUUACAACCAUUACUUACGUCAUUGUCAGGAGCACAAGUUAGAUCCAGUCAAUGCUGCCUCCUUUGGAAAACUCAUACGGUCAAUCUUCAUGGGAUUACGGACCAGAAGACUGGGAACCAGGGGGAACUCCAAAUACCAUUAUUAUGGGAUUCGUGUCAAACCAGAUUCUCCCCUUAAUCAGCUACAAGAGGACAUGCAAUAUAUGGCUAUGAGACAGCAACCCAUGCAGCAGAAACAGAGGUACAAGCCUGUGCAGAAAGUGGAUGGAGUUGCAGAUGGUUUCACAGGAAGUGGUCAACAGACAGGUACAUCUGCUGAACAAACUAUAAUUGCCCAAAGUCAACAUCAUCAACAGUUUUUAGAUGCAACUCGAGUACUUCCGGAGUUUGGGGAACUUGAAAUAUCUUCUCUACCAGAUGGUACUACCCUUGAGGACAUAAAAUCACUGCAAAGUCUUUAUCGAGAACACUGUGAGGCAAUUGUGGAUGUUAUUGUGAAUCUUCAGUUUAGCCUGAUAGAAAAAUUGUGGCAAACUUUCUGGCGCUAUUCUCCCUCUGCUCCAGCUGAUGACACAGCUAUUAUUGAACUGAGCAAUCUGAGUGAAAUAGAAAGUCGACUUCCAAAAGGAAAACUAAUUACUCUGUGCAAAAAUGAGUCUAUUUUGAAAUGGAUGGGUAACUGUGACCAUGUGAUGUACCAGGCUUUGGUGGAGAUUCUCAUUCCUGAUGUCCUUAGACCUAUUCCUAGUGCCUUGACUCAAGCCAUUCGCAAUUUUGCAAAAAGCCUUGAAGGUUGGCUUUCCAGUGCCAUGAACAAUAUUCCACAGAAAAUGAUACAAACCAAGGUUGCCUCUGUAAGUGCCUUUGCCCAGACUUUGAGAAGAUACACAUCUCUCAAUCACCUGGCUCAGGCAGCUCGAGCUGUGCUUCAGAACACUUCUCAGAUCAACCAGAUGCUCAGUGAUCUCAACCGUGUGGAUUUUGCCAAUGUACAGGAACAGGCUUCCUGGGUGUGUCAGUGUGAUGACAAUAUGGUUCAAAGACUAGAAACAGAUUUCAAGAUGACUCUUCAGCAGCAGAGCACUCUGGAACAGUGGGCUGCCUGGCUUGAUAAUGUAAUGAUGCAAGCAUUGAAACCAUAUGAAGGAAGACCCAGCUUUCCUAAAGCAGCACGGCAAUUUCUUUUAAAAUGGUCUUUCUACAGCUCAAUGGUGAUUCGAGAUUUAACCUUACGCAGUGCUGCUAGCUUUGGCUCUUUUCAUCUGAUCCGCUUGCUUUAUGAUGAGUACAUGUUUUACUUAGUCGAACAUCGUGUUGCUCAGGCAACAGGAGAAACACCUAUCGCAAUUAUGGGAGAGUUUGGUGAUUUAAAUGCUAUAUCCCCUGGAAAUAUGGACAAAGAUGAGGACAGUGAAGUUGAAAGUGAAAUAGAAGAAGAGAUGGAUGAAAAUGGAGAGCCACAAGCCAAGAGGGAGAAAACAGACUUAAACCAAGCAUUUCAGGCAGGCUGCAUGCAGCAGCCAGUGCUUGAGAGUGGAAUAGAGCAGAGCCUCCUGAACCCACUUCAUAAUGAGCACAUUAUUACAAAUACUCAGACUAUCAGACAAUGCAGUGCUAGUGGAAAUACAUAUACUGCAGUCUAAUAUUGAAGUGCCCCCCAACUACAUUAGCCUUGUUGAUGCUGGACUUAAUGGGGGGGGAUAGGAGAAUAGGUCUGAAAGUUGACUUAUCAAAUUUUAACUGUGCUGAACGUUAUCUUUUAUUAGAGUUGUGAAAUAAAAUGUGUGUAUGCAUUUUGUCAGAUGUUUAAAAAAAUUUGUAAGCAAAAUCAUUUUACAUUGGUUACUCGAUAUUAUGAAUUUUCCUAGU